CCUCCUUUCCCUCUCCCCACACCUCACUCUUCCUCAUCACUACUUGUCUAGCAAAACAGAAAAGUUAGACCACAUUCAAUACCUACAACAAUGAGAAAGCUACUUUUCUCCCCAAUCCUUCUUUUCUUGAUGUUCUUCUUCCUCUAUUUCUCAACUUCUUCUGCUCAAACUCCUUCCCCAGCCCCAUCAGGUCCAACCAACAUCACAGCAGUCCUUGAAAAGGCUGGUCAGUUCACAACCUUUAUUAAGAUAAUGAAAAGUACUCAGGAAGCUGACCAAAUCAACACACAACUCAACAAUUCAAAUCAAGGCCUUACAAUAUUUGCACCACCUGAUAAUGCCUUCGCUAAUCUCAAAGCAGGCACACUAAACUCUCUUUCAGACCAGGAAAAAGUCCAAUUGGUGCAAUUUCACAUCCUUCCUAGUUUUAUUUCCAUGUCACAGUUUCAAACUGUGAGUAAUCCUUUGCGUACGCAGGCAGGUAAUAGCGCUAAUGGUGAGUUCCCAUUAAAUGUGACAACAUCAGGAAAUCAAGUGAAUGUAACAACAGGUGUUAAUACUGCAACUGUGGCUAACACUAUAUAUACAGAUGGGCAGUUAGCUGUUUAUCAAGUGGAUCAGGUCCUCCUUCCAUUAGACCUUUUCGCCGCACCUACAGCGCCAGCUCCUGCACCUUCAAAGCUUGACAAGGUCAUUCCUGCAAAAACACCCGCAACAACUUCUGAUGAUACCCCUGCUGAUGCUUCUGAUGCAACAACCACAAGGGUAUCCUUUGGUAUUGCGCUUAUUGCAGCAAUUUUUUUGAUGUUAUGAGUUUUGUUUUCAAACAAUGACGCGCUACCCUGUCAUAAAAUGGACUGAGUUGAAUCAUUCUUUUCAAGUACUCUCCUUCUCCCUGUCUUUCUAUAUAAAAUGUACCAUGAUUGUCUUUCUCUCACACUUGAUUUUGUGAAUUUACUUGGUGAUUUUAUUGUUAUUGCCCCAUAAAUACAUUCUAUAGUUUCUUUUUUUCUAA